AUAAUUAAAUUCCAUGAUUAAACAAUUUUGAGCAGUCCCAGGUUUCGGCAGAAGUCUGGUUAUAAUCUAAUGCAAUCUCUUGAUAUUUUCAUUUCGAAUUGAGGCUACUGGACGCAGUGAAACUGCUUGUUUUUCUACGAAGUUGAAGCCUAAGAUAUUUCCAAGAUGAGUAUUAUGUCCUACAAUGGAGCUGCCAUAGUGGCGAUGAGGGGUAAAGAUUGUGUGGCCAUAGCAGCUGACAGGAGGUUUGGUAUCCAGGCACAAACAGUUUCAACAGACUUUCAAAAGGUGUUUGAGAUGGGGCCUAAACUUUACAUUGGACUAGCAGGAUUAGCAACAGAUGUACAGACUGUAGCAAAUAGGUUGAAAUUUCGGUUAAACAUGUAUCAACUACGAGAGAACCGGGAAAUUAAGCCCAAGACCUUUAUGAGCAUGGUGUCAAAUCUUUUAUAUGAAAGAAGGUUUGGACCUUAUUUUAUUGAGCCAGUUAUUGCAGGACUUCAUCCCACUACAUCUGAACCUUUUAUCUGUAAUCUGGAUUUAAUUGGAUGUCCAAUGUUCACUGAGGAUUUUGUAGUAUCUGGUACUUGCUCAGAACAAUUAUAUGGCAUGUGUGAAUCUCUGUGGGUACCUGAUCUUGAACCUGAUGAUUUAUUUGAAACUAUUUCUCAAGCUUUGCUAAAUGCGGUUGAUAGAGAUGCAGUGUCUGGUUGGGGAGCCGUUGUACAUAUCAUAGAAAAGGACAAAGUGACCACAAGGACAUUGAAGGGAAGGAUGGAUUAAGCUCAUGAAAUUUCACCACUACUACCGUGCAGAAGUUGUCUACUCUAUUAGAACUCUUGGAAUCUUGUUUGACAUGUUGCUGUUUUUCAGUGGAUAUUGUUAAUCGUCAAUUCUACUUCACAUUGGCUUUAGAAGGCAGUCUGUUUUAGAAGUACUGUAUGUAGUACAUUAACUUGAUAGGUCAAAGAAGUCAACAUUGUUAUUAACAUGAAAGCAAAUAAGAUAUACUGUACAGUAUUAAUGCUGUUCAUGGUGAAAACAAGACAGGAACACAGUUUGAGACUCGGAAAUUCAAAAUUAAGAGUAUAAUUGCAACAUCAUCAUUUUAUUUUUGUUUAUGAUUGAUUGUAACCUGUUAUUUUCAACCUUACAACAAUCAAGUUUACUACAGUGUAUUCCAGGUCUAUACAAUUAUUAAUGAAUAUUUUUUCUUAUUGAGUGUUUUGGUCAAUUGCAAAGCACUAUCCAAUUGUAUGUAAUAUGUGUGGAUAUUUAUAGAAAUUAAAACUUUAUAAAAAGAGACUGUUAUAGUGUUCCUCUUUUGAAUUUUCGCAUAGUGUUUAGAUAACAUGUGCACAGACUCAGAACACACAAACAAUGUUGCAUUCAUUGUAAAUUUUUAAUUUUUAUUUAAGGUUGUUUAAUCAAGAAAUGAAAAUAAAUACAUGUAUUUUAAAUCUUAACAAAAACAUUAUUAAAUAUACUGUACAGCUAAUUAGAUUGUUGUUAAUGAAAUAUAGGUAACAUUGAUGCACCAGGCCCCCUUUUAAAAGGUUAAAAAAAAAGAAAAAA